AUGGUCGACGUCGCCGUCACCGCGCAGCUGUCCCAAUGGACCUUUGACAAGCCCGAACUCGCGCCCCGUCCCCAGCGUGGCAGCACCGACAGCGCUGCCUCGAGCCCCAACCUGUGCGACGAUGUUUCCGACACACUGCGCAUCGACACGCCCGCCUCGCAGCAGCCCACCCCACCUAGCGCAAAAGCACCAAAAGUUUUCCAGGAACGCUAUCUCUCAAGCGAAGAGGACCUGACGGCCGACGACGGCUCAGCCUCGGGCUCAGACUCGGAAUACGACUACGAAGACGCCGUCGUCCACGACAUUUCCACCCAAGCUACCGCAAAGACAAUGUCAAUCUCCAGGUGGGACAAGGGCCGCAGUUGCGACAUGGCCGUCGCCGUUGCCUAUGCCCACGCCGGCCGCCCCAAGAUGGUCGACAUGGAAACCGAUCGCCCAGCCGUCCAGCAACGAGCCGCCUCCGUGGCCAACCUCAUUCCCAUUACAGCAGCAAAGAAGCUGCAAAAGGCAGACGAGGCACAGCGCUUCUCUAUGAAGGUCAUGCCCACCACAAGCAUGGCUUCACCCUCGCUCUCUCGUCCCAUUUCUCCACCCGCCAUUGUCGAGCCACGCCGACCCUCAACCAGUCAUAGUCCAAUUACCCAAAAGCCCAGCACCUUCACCGACUCGGCUUCCAUUUCUUCAUCGUUCCAGGCUGCAUCAACACGCAGCUACUCACCUGCCUUCAGCGAUGCCCCACCAAGGCCCUCGUCCUCAGCCGCUGGGGAAGCUGCAUCCGCCCGCUCCUCCCUCUACAUGCCCUCGCGCUCCCGCAUCGACCUCUCAAAAUACCCAACAUCACAGUCAUACCAACCAGGCCAUCGCCAAUCGUACCUGCCCCCGCCAACUCCAAACUCGCCCGCUCUUUCCUUCCUCAGUUCAGAUCCCUAUGAAAACUCUUCGACUAGCCCCGCCUCACCAAUUAUCAAGAAGCAACCCACGGCCCACCGCCGACUACGUUCCAUCUCCAUGAAGCUCUCACUCGCCAAGAUUGCCAUUACACCUGCCAAGAAGCAAUUCGACUCGCGCCUGCACGGCAAGGUUCCACCCACACCCAUCACCCCGACGCCUCAGACGGCCCCCAUUGAGGGCGCGGCAAACUUCGCUGCCCAAAACAAGAUUCGCCGCGCGUCUACCAUUCUGCGUCCCAAGUCUCGUGGGGGCGAAUCGGUACGAAAGACCCCUUCGCCAGACCCUGCACCCCCAGUCCCGCAAGUCAGCACUAGCACUAUGCAACAAAAGCGUUCCACCACACUUGGACGCAUGACUGCCCGCGGCGCUGAUGAGAGGGAGCCCACGCUGGUUCUCCCAGAGUGCCCGAGAAACGAGAUGGAUCCCAGUUCUAGUGCCAGAAGCCGCGCAAUCCGGCGCCGCAAGUCGCUGAUGGAUUUCAUGGAUUCGCUGUAA